AUGUCUGUUCAUUCCGUCACUGCCAGUGUCGACACUUUUGAUUGGAUUAAAAUUCGAGCAGCCAAUCAUCUUACAGCUGAUACUUUGAAAAUGGGAGCAAAAAACAAAAGAAAACAUGCACAAGAAGAUGUUGUCAAAAAAGAUGCAAAACGAACAAGAAUGCAGGAAAAGACAAAAGGAAAGAUAUAUAAGUUUUACAAUUGUCAGCUUUUGAGAGACCAUAAAUUAGUAAAAGAUAAUCUGUAUGUACGAGAUGGUGUCAUUAUCAACCCUGAGAAAUUAUUUUUUGAAGAAAAAUUACCACCAGAUGAACAAAUUGACUGUAAUGGGGCCAUUAUAUGUCCUGGAUUUAUUGAUAUACAAAUUAAUGGUGCUUUUGGUGUUGAUUUUUCCUGUGACGUGGAUACGAUUGAGGAGGGAUUGAAGAUUGUUGCCAAAGGAUUAUUACCACAUGGUGUUACUUCAUUCUGUCCAACAAUAAUUUCAUCCAAGGAAGACAUAUAUAGGAAGAUUGUACCAAAAAUAAAGAAAGUGGAUGGUAAUAAAGAAGGUGCAGGCAUAUUAGGUGCUCAUAUAGAGGGACCAUUUAUUUCUGUUGAAAAAAAAGGGGCUCAUCCUGAAGAGAACCUCAGACAGUUUCCCAAUGGAUUUUCUGAUUUAAAAGAUUUAUAUGGCAAUCUUGAUAAUGUUGCUAUGGUUACUAUUGCACCAGAAUUAGACAGAUCAGAUGAAGUUAUUAAAGAGCUUGUGAAAAAAGGCAUUUCAGUUUCCCUUGGACAUACCACAGCUAAUUUAGUACAAGGUGAAGAUGCCAUUCGAGCAGGGGCCUCAUGUAUCACACAUUUAUUUAAUGCCAUGGUUUCAUUUCACCAUCGAGAUCCCCACUUGAUAGGUUUGUUAACCAGUAAAUUCCUGACCGAUAGACAAGUGUAUUAUGGACUGAUAAGUGAUGGAGUACACACACAUCCUGCUGCAGUUAGAAUGGCUUUCAGGAGUAAUCCUAGAGGAUUUAUCGUAGUAACAGAUGCCAUACCAGCCAUGGGGCUGCCUAUAGGGAAACAUCACAUGGGUUCACAGUUAGUUGAAAUUCAAGACAAGAAAGCUUUCAUUGCUGGAACUAACACUUUAUGUGGAAGUAUAGCUACAAUACCUAAAUGUGUUCAGAAUUUAAAGAAAAACACAGACUGCACUACAGAACAGGCAUUGGAUGCUGCAACCCUCCAUCCAGCAGAAGUUCUAAAAAUUACUGAUCGUAAAGGGACAAUGAACUUUGACACAGAUGCUGAUUUUCUUAUGUUAGACGAUAACUUAAACGUGAUGGCCACUUAUAUUGCUGGAGAACUAGUGUGGCAUCAAGACUGGCAUCCUGCUGCUUCUGUAUUAAACAGACAAAUGUCUGAGCGAGUAGGGUGUGAAGAAAGUGCAAUUAAGAAUAAUUUUUGAUGUAACAGGAAGUAAUAAGGAAGUUGAGAUAUAUAUCCUUCUUAACUGUAGAUUGGUGCUAGAUUAUAUAAUGGUCAAUGGUAUAACUAUCAAAUUCAUUGGACAAAAAUGUUGGAUGAAAAGAGGAAAUUUGGAAAUUUAAUUGGUACAUUUAAUUAUGUAAAUCAUCAAAAUUUGAAUGAAAUGUAAAAUAUAAUAGAAAAAAUAAUCAUGAUCAGAAUAUGUUAUAACUGUAAAUUCAAAAUUUUUUGUUUGCAUUUAUAAUUACUAUUCUUCAAUGUAACAAAUAACAAAAUAAUUAGUUUAUUAUUGCAAUUUCGGGAAAUGCUUCAUAUAUUAAAGAGCUUAGGCUAUCAAAAUUUGAAACUUAUCCUGCCAAUUUUCACUAAUAAUGAUAAAAACAUUACAAAAAUUUCUGAAUUUACAAUAUUCAUAAAAAGAAUGUAAUUACGCAAUUUAUGUUUUCAUUACUUUGUGUAAAUUUAAUUUUUAGUAAUCUCAUUUAUUCAAGGCUAGCAUUAUAUUUAUUAUAUUUAAGUUGUUCAUAACUUUGUUUCUUUUUUUGUCAUCGGUAAACAACUUUAAACUGAUGCUUAUUCGUUUUUUUCAACAAAUGUAUGUCUCUUACAGGAUUGCUUGCCAUAAAUUUAUUUUCGAUGAUUUCUGCUGGAAAACCUCUAAAUUUGCUUUUAAUAUAUACAGUUGUCAUAUGAAAAGGUAGUUAAAGAAUAAUGCUGUUUUAAUUAUUGAACGCGAGACAAAUAUCGAUGGUGAGGACUUAUAAUACAACUUGAAGAGGACUCAGACUUCACCAAGGCUACCAAUUCUGUUUAAAAAAAAAUUAAUUUGUAUAAGAUAUUUAGACUUCUUUAAUAACAUUCCAUGAGAAUCCUAACUGCAAAAUUGAUAUUGGGUAAAGUUUCAUAACAAAUAUGAAAAGGACUUUUUUUUUUUAUAUAUCUAUCUUUUUGCCAUCCCCAUGUCCCCAUGUGAACAGGUAGUUCACAGAAAAUAUAUGGAUGGAUACCUUAAUUUCGUAGUACCAUUGGUAUAAAAAAAUCUUUAAAACUGAAAUCAAAUUAAACCUUUUUAAGUGUUCAAGAAAAUAUCUUUAUUAGUUCUUCAAUUUAAUUUUGCUUCUUAAAAAGCACUGGAAAUAUUCAUAACAACAGAAAGGAAUUAAUUAAAGUAAUGGUUCUAAAGGCAAACCAUAAGAACCCUAUUGGUAGAAAUAACAUUUAAGAAAUACAUUGUCAGAUUAUGCCAGUAUGUGAUAUUGUAUUGCUAUAAAGACUUGAUCUGUGCAGAAUCAUAUGGAGUCUCACAUUUUUAUUUUUGUAUUUUUGCAAUAUUUACUGAUGAAUAUUUAUAGUAUAUUAUUUGUUAUCAUGUUUACUUUAGGGGCCAUCCAUAAUUGUCAACCCUUUUCCAAAGUGUACAAAACAUACACUUUUUCAGACCCCCUAUCCUUCCUUAAGAAGUGUACAUCAACCAUUGUCAGAUUUCAAGACGAGAUUCAAUCAUUCUUAAAAAAAAUAAGAUCAAGUCUAUUAUAAAAUUGAGAAAGGAAAUGGUGAAUAUGUCAAAGCGACAACCAUCCAACCAUAGAGCAGACAACAGCCGAAGGCAACCAAUGGGUCUUCAAUGUAGCGAGAAUUCCUGCACCCGUAGGUGUCCUUCAGCUGGCCCCUAAAAAUAUGCAUAAUAGUACAGUGAUAAUGAACGUCAUACUAAACUCCGAAUAAUACACAAGAAACUAAAAUUUAAAAUCAUACAAGACUAACAAAGGCAAGAGGCUCCUGACUUGGGACAGGCGCAAAAUUGCGGCAGGGUUAAACAUGUUUAUGAGAUCUCAACCCUCCCCCUAUACCUCUAGCCAAUGUAGAAAAGUAAAUACAUAACAAUACGCACAUUAAGAUUCAGUUAAAGAGAAGUCCGAGUCCGAUGUCAAAAGAUGUAACAAAAGAAAAUAAAUAAAAUGACAAUAAUACAUAAAUAACAACAGACUACUAGCAGUUAACUGACAUGUUAGUUUAAUUAUAGUUUAGUUUAAUAUAGAAAUUUGCAUUGAAAAUAACUGAAACAUAUCGAACUGUUUAAUUUGAUAAAUAAAAAAAAACGUACUUUAAAAAUGUUGAUUUUUAACCCCCUCCCCCCCAAGUGUAUGAUUUGUACGCUUUGGAAAAUGAUUGACAACUAUGGAUGACCCCUUAAUGUUUUUGUACUAAUUAUUGAGUUAUAAACUAAAGGUACCCUUUACAGAUAUGAAACACUUGAAUAUAUGAUUCCUUGUUAUUGCAUUGUUUAUAUUAUUGUUUUAUUUAAAAACAGAAUUUAUGAUAGACAGAAUUAAUUGAGUAGAAGCAGGAUAGAAAUUGCUUUCAUGCAACUUUUUCUAGUCGUUAAUGUUAAUCUUUUGGAUUUUAUAAACUUGUUCUAACAGCUUUUAAGAGAUAAUAAACAUUGAAAUUCCUAACCAUCAUCUUGUUUUGGUAGUUUGUUUGGUUAACUUCUAUCAACUCUGUGUCUUCAUUUGCCCUAUCUAUUAGACAAUCCAAGACCUCCAAGUCUACAUACUGUAUGAGCUGAGUGAUGAAAGCUCACAGGCGUGGAUCAAAGAAGGGGGGGGGGGGGUC